UUUUUUUUUUUCUUUUCAUUGGAUAACAAGACAACAACAUAUUCUAAUUAUAUUCAUUAAUGGCAAGUAUUAUUCACUCGAUACUGGAAUGGCUUCGAAGUCUCUUUUUUAAGACUGAAAUGGAGCUGACGUUGGUUGGACUUCAAAAUAGUGGUAAAACAACUCUUGUUAAUGUGAUUGCAUCUGGACAAUUCAUGGAAGAUACUAUUCCAACUGUUGGUUUUAAUAUGCGAAAAGUGACCAAAGGCAAUGUGACGAUGAAAUUAUGGGAUAUUGGUGGACAACCUCGUUUUCGUAGUAUGUGGGAACGUUAUUGUCGUGGAGUCAAUGCUAUAGUUUUUGUAGUGGAUGCGGCAGAUCAUAGUAAAUUGGAGGCAGCUUAUACAGAACUUAAAGCAUUAUUGGAAAAACCACAAUUGGCGAAUAUUCCUAUGCUUGUCCUUGGAAAUAAAAAUGAUUUGGAUGAAGCUUUAUCAGUGAAACAGUUGAUUGAAGUAUUACAUUUGCAAUCGAUUACCAAUCGUGAAGUAUCUUGUUACUCAAUUUCUGCUAAGAAUCAAGUGAAUAUUGAUGUUACUCUACAGUGGCUCAUCAAGAAAGGAAAAGGACAAAAGUAAAACAGUAAUAGUUUUUUUUUUUUUGUGCAUGUGUUAGAUCUUUAUAUUAUUAUUUUCUUUUAUAUUUAUUUUUCACUAUUAUUCCCCUCCAAUUCCCUUCAAAUCCAUUCUUUUUUUCCUUCCUUCUUCACCUUUUUUUUUCCUAUUUGCCC